GGCGGUUUGAUUUGGACUACAUACGUGAAACGUUGGUGGUGGUCCAAAUGUUGGACACGUUUAGGUUACCUCUUUUGGACCUGUGACCUCACAACUUUCUCUUUCCUUUGCCACAACAUCGCGCUUCACCCGCUAUGAAUCCAGUAAUUAGACGGAGACUUCCUCCAUCUGUGAGAAGUCUGCUGACAGACAUCGGUCCCAAGGAGGAGUGGACUGACCCGGAGCCGGACACAGUGGAGAGAGACGGGGUUCUGCUCCCGUCCAGAGGAGCUGCUUCUGGACAGGAGGAGUUUCUCACGCCAGCAAAGACACAAGAGGAUGGUGGUACUGCCAGGAGGAGUGCAGUCUGCAUGCUGUGUAAACUUAAGCCCUCUUGCUACACCUGCCCUCGGUGUAACCUGCAUUACUGUGGCUUGGCUUGCUACCAGAGCCCGGAUCACUCAGUGUGCUCAGAGGAGUUUUACAAGGAGUCUGUCCUGCAGGAGCUGAAGGAUAUGGGGAAAACAGAAAGUGAAGCGAGAAAUAAAAUGCAGGAGAUUCUUGUGGGACUCAGACAAAAGGCAGAAAAGACACAUGGGGGGAUGGGAAGCUUGUUAAGGGAUGCUGGUGUUGUGUCAGAAGCAGGGGAAGGAGAGGUGACAGAGAAUGUACAGGUUGUGGAGCUCCUUUCCAGGUUAGCAGAGCUUCAGCAGUCUGGAGAAGGAAGUGAAGCAGAGAUGGAGGCUAUUGUGAGGAAACUUGAAGAGAUUGGUGGACAGGAGCUGGAGCAUGGAGAUGCAGAUAAAGGAGCUGAAUGUGCAGAAGGGGAGCUGGACUUGGCUGAUCGGCUCUUAGGGCUGGAUAUUGACAAACUUUCAGAAGAGGAGCUGUGGGAACUUCUCAACGGCAAAGAGAAAGAGACGUUCAUGAGUCUGAUGAAGGGUGGAGCUCUUGGUGGGCUGGUUCCCCUGUGGAAGCCGUGGUGGGAGGAGCAUGAGGAGGGAGGGAAAGCACUUGUGGAGGUGCUUGAGGAGGAAUUGAGAAAACUGGAGGGAGAAAAUUCAACAACUGUGGCUGAACAGGAUGCUGUCAAAACAUCACAAGAAGUGGUUCAGACUCAGGGCACAUUAGCUUCAAAGUUGAGAAAGACUAAAGGAGCAAACAGGAAGAAAACAAGCAAAGAAUGUUCAACAAUCAUCCCUCAAAUUUCUGCCAAAAUUCCAAAAUUGAGCUCUUUAUGUGCAAAUCCAUCUCCUCUUGUAUGCUAUGGUUUGGUGAAUGCGCUCUUUGGCUAUACCUUCACCGUAUGCCUGCUUAACAAUGACACUGAUUCAUUCAUGUUUGAGUUCUGUGACAUGAUUCUUGCUCUGUCUGAGGCACUAAACUCAAGCAGGGUGUUCAACUCCAUCCAAGAGGCCUUAGACUAUGGAGAAACUCUCAUGUUGGGUGGAGGUUACUUCGACAAGGAGGAUCCUCUCGCGCCAGCCAGGGCGUUGGAUGCCGUGGCUCACAUCAUGACCGGCCGAGACAGAAAGGAUGCUACAGGAUACUGCCUGGCAGCAUUGAGUCAGAUCCGCUCAGUGCUCUCCCAGGCCAGAACAGGCCUUUCUAAAGAGGGCGAGGAAGGAGCGAAGAGACAGAAGUUCUUCCUUGCAAGCAAGAAGUGUGAAUUCUUUCAAGCCUGGGUGUUGGACAAUGAGCACAGGAUUCGUAGAUUAGCUGUUGAGUUGUGGACAGAAUGCAGUAGAAGAGAGACUGUAAGGAGCAGCAUGCAGAAAGCAAAGAGUGUAGUUGAGGAGAACUUGAAGAAAGGGAAGAGCAAAGGGAAUAGCAAGUUAAUUGAAGAACUGAGCUAAUCAAGUGUUUCUUGCUAAUGCUGGUUUGUGUAAAAGUUCAUGAUUUCUAUAUAUGCUAUAUAUUUGAAUAAAUUACCUUUUCUCACUAUGAAAUUCAA